AUGGACGAGGAUAGAAGGGUGUUUUUCGCUGUGAAAAUUGGUCAAGAAACCAUUCAUUUAAUCAUCAAAUUAUCAAUUCAAAGUAGAGCUCAUCAAACCAUAAAGAAUUUUUAUGAAUUGAUUAAAUCAAAUAGUUACAAAAAUACAGAGUUUCAUAGAAUCAUUUCACCAGAGUUUAUUAUCCAAGGUGGUGGUAUUACUGGGUUUCAAGGGGAACUGCUAAGGUCUGAAGAUGUCCAUGAAGAUACUACAAAGUUAGAUAGGAAGGGAUUAAUUGUUGUUGCUAGUGAUGUAUAUCAAGAUAAAUCAAGUGAAUUUUUCAUAACUUUAAAAGAUUUGAGUGAAUUCAAUUCAUUACAAGGAAGAUUUAUUGUACUGGGCGAAUUAGAAAACAAAAGUUUGGAUAAAUUAAUUGAGUUGACCAAGGAUUUACAAGUUGAUGAUCGGGAUAAACCUUUAGAAAGAGUUAGUAUAAUAAAGACUGGUGAAUUACAGAAAAAGAAGAAACAACCAAGCACAGAACAAGAGGAAGUAAAGGAGAAGUGUAAAAGAAAAAGACAUAGCUCAAGAGACUAUGAUGAUCGUUCACACAGAUAUCAUGAGUCAACUCAUCAUCAUAGAAGUGAAAAGCAUAGAGAUGAAAAAGAUGAAUCAAGACAUCAUUCAAGACAUCAUUCAACAAAUCAUUCACACAGGUCAAGAUACGACAAAGACUACUCAGAUAGAGAUAAUAAAAGAUUAAAGAAAUCAAAUACCAGAUCUCAAGAUGAAGUCAGAAAAGGUCGAGGAUUUAAAUAA